GCAUUUGAAGUUUGUUACUGUGAAAAAACUGUUUUGUUAAUUUUUGUAUAUACUAUAUUAUAAACGCAUUUGUGUGUUCCUUCUUAUCUUAUCUCAACAACUGUUGGUCAUUUCAUUGCGCAUAGAAGGAGUACUCAACUUGAAGCAACUAUUCUCAGUAUGCUUUGAGUUUGCCAAUAUAUAGUUGCAUAUAGCCUACAUGCUUAAACUAUAUUAAUCUCAUAUAUGUCAGGAACCUCAUUCUGAUCUAGAGUAUGUUAUCCUGCCAGCUCUCUGUGUUUUAUGUGUAAACAAGCACACAACAAGAACCAUCAUAGCUUACCAUUCUAAAUUCCCACGUAUGCUUUCACCUCAUUUCCAUGCCUCUUGUUUUUCAAUAAGCUGUAAUAAUCCCUCAAGUUCUUUUGAUAGGCUUCACAAGAGUAAUGAUUUCUGUUUUAAUGGUCCAGUCCAGUUACGUUGUCUUUUCUCAAUUUUGCUAACUAGAAAGUCUACAAAAUGUUUAAGGGCAUCAUUGAAAGUUGAGGUUGAACAUGAGGCAUAACCCCCCACCCCCUUUAAAAAAGAAAAAAAGAAGAAGAAAGAGACAAAGUGCUUCUGCUGGGUAAGAAUAGUAUUUUAAGACCUUGAAGUAUGCACUCUAUAUGCCAAGUUCAACAGACAUAAUGGUUUAUAAGGCAGAUGAAUUUGGAAAGUAUAUUUGAUUGGAUGAACAUAGUCACACACGCAGGGAAAGUGAUGAAAUCAAAUAAAUGUAGACAGAAAGCUAACAUUUUCUUGAUCACUUAUAAAAGUUUUUUACUUCAUGAAUAGGUAAGUCUUAAAGUUCAUAACUGCAUCAUCCUUAACUAAAAAGCAAUGCAUCCGAAGUGUGGUCUUCAGUCUCCAGCAAAGGGUUUAGACAAGUUUGAAUCUGUUUUUAAGGUUUCUAGGAAAACCUUUGACUACAUAUGUUCACUUGUGAAUGAAGAUAUGCUGGCGAAAUCUGCACAUUUUGUGUUUACAAAUGGUAAGCCCUUGUGUUUGUAUGAUCAAGUAGCUGUAGCGUUAAGAAGACUGAGCUCUGGUGAGUCACUAGUAACAAUUGGCGAUGCAUUUGGGGUGAACCACUCAACAGUGUCUCAAGUGACCUGGCGUUUUGUGGAAGCCAUGGAAGAAAGAGGACUUCACCACCUGCAAUGGCCCUCCACUGAAGCAGAAAUGUCAGAAAUUAAAUCCAAAUUUCAGAAAAUACGAGGCUUUCCUAAUUGUUCUGGUGUUGUUGAUACUACCCACAUCAUGAUGUGUUUGCCUGCUUCGGACCCCACAAGUGAUGCUUGGCUCGAUCAAGAGAAGAAUCACAGCAUGGUCUUACAAGCCAUUGUGGACCCUGACAUGAGGUUUCGGGACAUAGUAACUGGAUGGCCAGGAAAGAUGAAGGACUGGACAGUCUUUCAGAGUUCAAAUUUUUAUGAACUCUGUGAUAGAGGUGAGAGGUUGAAUGGGAAAAUAUUAGACCUCUCCAAAGGAUUGGAUAUACGGGAGUACAUAAUUGGGGAUUUGGGCUUUCCUUUACUGCCCUAUCUUGUAACCCCCUAUGAAGGAAAAGAACUUCCAGAGCCAAAAGCUGAGUUCAAUAAGAGGCAUUAUGCUACCCGGAUGGUUGCACAUAGAGCAUUGGCAAGGUUGAAGGACAAGUGGAGGAUCAUUCAAGGAGUGAUGUGGAGACCUGACAAGCAUAGAUUGCCAAGGAUCAUUCUUGUUUGCUGCUUGCUUCAUAACAUUGUUAUUGAUAUGGAAGAUGAGGUGGAAGAUGAAAUGCCUUUGUCUCACAAGCAUGACUCAGCUUACCACCAACAGAAUUGUGGAACCGUCGACAUAAACGGUGUUCAUCUGAGAGAUAAGCUGUCUCUCUACUUAUCUGGAAGGAUGCCAAUGCCACCUUGAUUAUUUUCCAUUUCUAAUAAGUGUUUUAGGUAUUAAGGAUUUUCUGUAGUCUUCACUUUUAAAGUUCUUUUACAAAUGAUUUC